AACCGGUGGAAUCUGCAAGGAGUGAGAGCGAGCUUCUGGACUUCCAACCGCCCAGCGUGUGAACCGACGCUCAGCGUGAAGUUUAGCCCCAAUGUUCUAGAUAUAGGCCAUUCGGUGGUGUGUUUCCCGAAUUUCGCCGAAGUGAGAAGCUUAAUGUUUGGGAGACGCUGGGAUUUUUUUUUACGGCUGAAGAAAACUGACUUGGAAGUGUUGUUUUCCAUUGAGUGGGAGUGAGAGUGGACGGCUUGGAGUCACUUACAAAGAACACUAAGAAGUCAUGACGCGACGGACGCUUUUCCUGGAGUUAUUACCUUAAAUACAGGGAAAAAACUCGAUUUGGACUAUCUUUUACAGUAAUUGUUGGGACUGUAAGUUGAGUUUUAAAACCGCUGCGGACUUUUUGGUGUUUUUAAGCCUUUUCGAGUUGCCCUUAGUUGGAUCAAAGUUUUUCUUUCCCUCCCCCUCCUCCUCAACUAUGGCGGCGGCCAGGUUAUCCACUGACUCCUUGUGGCUGUGGAUCAUGUGGCUUGUGUGCGGGCUGUGUAUGCCAGCCGCUUCGGCUCAACACUACAGCGACAGUGGAAUAUCAGUUCCGGAACACGGAUUUUGCCAGCCCAUUUCCAUCCCGCUUUGCACCGACAUCGCCUACAACCAGACCAUCAUGCCAAACCUCCUGGGCCACACAAACCAGGAGGACGCAGGACUCGAGGUGCACCAGUUUUACCCGCUGGUUAAGGUCCAGUGCUCUACCGAACUGAAGUUCUUCCUGUGCUCCAUGUACGCGCCGGUCUGUACCGUGCUAGAGCAGGCCAUCCCCCCGUGUCGGUCGCUGUGUGAGCGGGCACGGCAGGGGUGCGAAGCCCUAAUGAACAAAUUCGGCUUCCAGUGGCCGGAGCGACUGCACUGCGAGGCUUUCCCGGUGAACGGAGGCAGCGAGAUCUGCGUUGGCCAGAACACAUCCGAACCCGGCUCACCCUCCUCCUCAUCCCCACAUGUGCCUGAGCUUGUAACGGUUCCACCCAACAGGUUUCCGAAUCCACCUCAACCUCCACACAAUUCCUACCACCAGUUCUCCUGUCCCUUGCAGCUGGAAGUGCCUUCCUACCUCGGCUACAGAUUUAUGGGGGUCAAGGACUGCGGGGCCCCCUGUGAGCCCACUAAGCCAAGUGGGAUCAUGUAUUUCCGAGAGGACGAGGUUAAAUUUGGCCGACUUUGGGUUGGCAUCUGGUCCAUCCUUUGUUGUGUGAGCACUUUAUUUACUGUGCUCACAUAUUUAGUAGACAUGAGGCGGUUCAGGUACCCUGAGCGACCCAUCAUCUUCCUAUCCGGUUGUUAUUUCAUGGUGGCUGUUGCAUACGCUGCUGGGUUUUUCCUGGAGGACAAAGUUGUCUGCGUGGAUAAGUUCAAGGGGGAAGGCUUCAGGACUGUAGCUCAAGGGACGAAAAAAGAGGGUUGCACGAUCCUCUUUAUGGUGCUGUAUUUUUUUGGAAUGGCCAGUUCCAUCUGGUGGGUAAUUUUAUCCCUCACAUGGUUCCUUUCUGCUGGGAUGAAAUGGGGUCACGAGGCAAUCGAAGCAAACUCCCAGUACUUUCACUUGGCUGCAUGGGCGGUACCAGCCAUCAAAACCAUCACCAUACUCGCCAUGGGCCAGGUGGAUGGCGAUGUCCUGACAGGGGUGUGCUUUGUCGGGAUCUUCAACGUGGACGCCCUCCGUGGGUUUGUGCUGGCUCCACUUUUUGUCUACCUGUUCAUCGGCACGUCCUUCCUCCUCGCUGGCUUUGUGUCCCUCUUCCGAAUCCGCACCAUAAUGAAGCACGACGGAACCAAAACGGAGAAGCUGGAAAAGCUCAUGGUGCGGAUCGGUGUCUUCAGUGUGCUCUACACAGUACCAGCCACCAUAGUGAUUGCGUGUUACUUCUACGAGCAGGCCUUCAGGGAGCAUUGGGAGCGCACCUGGCACAUGCAAACCUGUAAGCGCUUUGCUGUUCCAUGUCCGGUUCACAACUUUGCUCCCAUGACGCCGGACUUCACUGUGUUCAUGAUUAAAUACCUGAUGACCAUGAUAGUUGGAAUUACCUCUGGCUUUUGGGUGUGGUCAGGGAAGACUCUUCAGUCAUGGCGGAGGUUCUACAAGAGACUUGGCAAUGGCAACCAUGGGGAAACAACAGUGUGAAAAUUGGAGGAAAUAAAUUGCGUCACAUUACAGUUUUGGACAAAACACCAUAAGAAAUGAGGUCGAAAAGCUUUUAAGUCAACAUGUUUCUCCCUUUGGACCCCCCCCUCAGUAUUUGGCAACAGCAAAACUCUUAUCUGUUGCCUCAAAACGUCGGACGAACCUUUAUUUCGCUUGUUUCUGUUGCUCAUCAGUUACAUCAAAACCAUUGCUUUCCCAUCGAUUUUCAGACAAAAACUGGUGUUAAAGUCUGUGCUAGUCCCUGGACUGAAAUCCCAGACUGGUGAAGUUACUAUUUGCAUAUUAUCAAUGGUAUCCUCAUGUCACAAUAGAAAUAUCAUAGUCCAUUUUUUGUUGCCAUUUUAAGGUGGACUAACAGGAUGGACUCAUUUGUCCAGAAGCGUGCCUGCACGGCUCCAAAUGCUUUUAAUGGUAUGAUUGUUGAACCACCAACAACCUUUGACUGUGAAUUCAAUAGACAUUAUGUGCUUUUAGCUGAACACGGAAAAAGCUGUAUUGUGUUAGGUUUUCAGCACACAGCUGCAUCUCUUCAAGUGAGAGAAGUUCUUCCAAGUCUGUUUUAUGUGCCAAGUUUUUCACAGAAAUAUUUUUCUUCUAUAUUUUCCUUUAAAAAAAAAAACCAAACGAUUUUAAUGUCUGAGACUGAAGGGUAUUCACUAAAGUUACUAAUGGUCAAUAUAAGGAUGAAUGAAGUUUUCUUAUACUGGUUUGCACCGUUAUUGUUAAGUGUAAAAGAAUGGCUGUUACAGAACUGACUUACCUUGGAUCUUGCAUUUUAACGAAGCCACACAAAUGUCUAAUGUACGCGCUGUAACUGAGACACACCAAGCCCAUUGUUGGUCUCUGUGUGUGGUCCUUCCGCAGUGGGAUUCCCUAUCAGACAGACUUUCUGUUAAGCCUCAAAGACACCCAAAGUAGCAUUUUCCUGCCCCACGUUUAAUCCGUGGGAGUGCAAAUGGCUGCUCUGGUGCUCUGAUCUUAUUUUGUUCUACCUAAAGAAGUUCACACCUGCUCAGUAUAACUUUUACUUCCUUACCGUCUUCCUUCAUGUUCUGAAGUUAUUUUUUGUGCUUCUACACAAGCAGACUGAACAAGUUGUGAUGUUAUUUUAGUGUCUGGAUUAUUUUAAAUAUCCUUCAAAAGAACAGUGAAACUGCUGGUCUCUGUUCAGACUUUGUCUGAUCUAUUAGAGAAAUGUCAGUAGAAGGUCAGAGGUUGCAGGGAUUUUUCUAUUUGAAAAUGCAGUGUAGGCAGAUUCGAUUAACUUUAGCCAUUGUUUAGUGUUUUCUAGGGACUAAAUCACCUCAGCGUGUAACAGAUUGGUAACGCAACGUGUGUGAUGUCCACUUUAUCUAAAACGGGACAUUGAAUGUUUGUCAGAUCACAUGAUCAGAACAUAUAUAUAUAUAUAUA